AUGGCCAUCAAAACAGACAUGUCUAAAGCCUACGACAGAGUAGAAUGGCGGUUCAUCUCACAAGUACUGAAGAGGUUAGGGUUUCACGACAAAUGGAUCACUCUGAUCAUGCAAUGCGUGACCACUGUAUCCUAUUCCUAUCUAAUUAACGACUCUGCUUAUGGUUCUGUGAUACCUAAGAGGAGAAUUCGACAGGGAGAUCCACUCUCCUCAUACCUAUUUAUCCUAUGUGGCCAAGUUCUUUCAGGAUUAUGUCAGAAAGGAGAGAGAGAAGGUACCUUGCAAGGAGUGAGAGUGGCGAGGAACUGUCCAAGAGUAAAUCAUUUACUCUUUGCAGACGAAACCAUGUUCUUCUGUCAAACGUCAAAAUCAUGCUACACGAAGCUGAAAACCAUCCUCUGGGAGUAUGAGAAAGCCUCUGGACAGAUGAUCAAUGCAGCUAAAUCCUCGAUCACCUUCUCUUCUAAAACUCCAGAGGAAAUAAAGAGGAAUGUCAAAGACCACUUAGGCAUUAACAACGAAGGAGGCUCAGGUAAAUACUUGGGGUUACCUGAACACUUUGGGAGGAAAAAGAAAGAUCUCUUCACUAGCCUUGUUGAUAGAAUAAGGCAACGAGCACAAAGCUUAUCCACGAGACGUCUCUCCAAAGCCGGAAAAUUGACAAUGCUGAAAGCAGUCCUUACUGCUGUUCCAACUUACUCCAUGUCGUGUUUCGAGCUACUUGUCAGUCUAUGUAAAAGAAUCCAAUCAGUCCUUACAAGAUUUUGGUGGGAUUCUCCCGAUGGAAGUAGAAAAAUGUGCUGGGUGGCUUGGGAAACCCUAACAAAACCAAAAGCAGGAGGUGGACUUGGCCUAAGGGACAUACAACUAUUCAAUCAGGCAUUACUAGCUAAACAGGCUUGGAGAAUCCUAACCAAACCAGAUAGUCUCUUGGCCCGCAUUCUCCUAGGGAAAUAUUGUCACAAAAAACACUUCUUAGAUGCUAUGGUUCCAGCUACAUGCUCUCAUGGUUGGAGAAGCAUCUUACAUGGAAGGGACCUUCUAAAGGAGAACCUAGGGAAAGCUAUAGGAAAUGGGCAGACAACAAAACUCUGGAAAGAUUCAUGGAUUUCUACAAAGAAACACAUCAAACCAUACGGGCCCAUUCCGAAAGAAGCACUUGACCUGACAGUCUCUGAUCUAUUGACAACGGAAAUGACCUGGAAUAAAAGAAGGAUCGAAGAACUCCUACCUCAUGUUGCAAUGGAGAUACAACUGCUACAACCGAGCCUCUCCAAAACGGAAGAUAUAUACAUUUGGCAGCCUCUCCCUUCAGGUACAUACUCAACGAGAUCAGGAUACUAUGUGGCCUCGAUGAGGAAGAACGAUCAAAGACUACCAAACCAAGGACCUUUUGAUUGGAUAAAGGAUGUCUGGUCCGCACCCUGCUCACCAAAGAUGAGGAUAUUCAUUUGGUCAGUGAUCCAGAGAGCAUUACCCUUUGGAGAACAAUUACAACAAAGAGGAAUCCGAGAUGAUGCGUUGUGCCAUAAAUGCAAAGGGAUUGAAUCAGCGAUGCAUACCUUCUUUCACUGUCCUUUCGCACAAAAGGUAUGGAACAUGAUCCCUCUCAAACAUGUAGUUCACCUAGCUACAGGGAGCAGCUUCCGAGACGCAAUUGUGGCUUUUCGACAAGCAAUCUGUCUCCCACCAACAGGAGUGUCAAAUAACAUCCUUCCAUGGAUCUGCUGGGCAAUUUGGACGGCUCGAAACCUUGCAAUCUUUGAGAACAGAACAUUAUCACCUAUGGAAGUAGCAGCCAAAGGAAUCAGGUUAGCUCGAGAAUGGAAUAUGGCACAAGACAAAGAUAAAGCUACAAACAACACUCUACCUCGCCUUCACAGGACACCGCGUGCUCCGAUAGUGCCAGCGAAGCUAACGAUCGGCAAAUCAGAUGCGGCUUUUGACAGUAGAUUAUAUCGAGCAGGAUUCGCAUGGAAUUUCACAGAUUCAGCAGGAAGUAUGAUCAAUCAAGGAUCCAGGACUCAGGACUUCGUCGGAUCUCCGUUAAUAGCUGAAGCCCUCGCCCUUCGCUCUGCAAUCCUCUCAGCGGUGAACAGUGAGUUUAAACACCUCAAGAUGUUCUCUGACAAUUCAACGCUCGUUCGAGCCAUCAACAACGACACGCAGGUAUCAGAAAUCUUUGGUAUCGUUAAGAAUAUCCAACAGAUGACCUCUGCUUUCGUCGAGAUAUCGUUUUCUCAUCUCCCUCGUUUACAAAACAUUGAUGCCGAUCUUCUGGCAAAAAAGACUCUCCGUUUAUCUCUGUAA